GCGCAGGCGCGGCACAUGCGGCACUACACCCCCCAGGGGGCAGCCGCCGUCCCGGCAGGCGCUGCGCGGCGGCCGCGCCUUCCUCCCCGGCCUCGCCGCAGAGCCCGUCGGGAGCGGGAGUCCCGCUGCGGCGCGGCGCCCCGCCGCCCCGCCGCGCUCCCCGGCAGCGGCUCCAGCCGCGGACCUUGCUGUCCCGCGGCGGCGCGGCCGCCCCGCGGGGACGCGGCGAGCGCCGUACCGCAAGCGCUUCCCCCACUGCGCACUUUUUCACGCCGCCCCCCCUCGCCCGUCUCCCGGCAGCUUCCGCUUCCGGCCGCACCCUUCCGCUCCCACAGUGCCCCGCGCCGAAUCAUGGACCACAAUGACAAUGAUUUGCAAGGAACAAAUAGUUCAGGAUCAUUGGGUGGUCUUGAUGUUCGUAGAAGAAUCCCUAUAAAGCUUAUCUCAAAACAGACAAAUAAAACCAAACCUGCACCUCGAACUCCAAGAAAUAUGAACAGGAUGCCUUCAAAGACACAAGCUGGUGAUGAAGAAGAAUUUGAUUAUAACAAAGAGGAGCGAUACGAAUGCAAAGGAGGUGAAAUGUUUGGCAAUCAAAGGAGAUUCCCUGGACCCAUCUUUUGGGACUAUAAGAUAAACUUGCUGGGGGAAAAGGAUGAUACACCGGUCCAUUUCUGUGAUAAGUGUGGAUUGCCCAUCAAAAUGUAUGGACGCAUGAUACCUUGCAAGCAUGUUUUCUGCUAUGACUGUGCUAUACUACAUGAGAAAAAGGGAGACAAGAUGUGUCCAGGCUGUAAUGAGCCUGUGCAGCGAAUUGAGCAGUGUGUGCGAGGGUCUCUCUUCAUGUGUAGCAUUGUUCAAGGGUGCAAGAGAACUUACCUGUCACAGAGGGACUUGCAAGCGCACAUCAACCACCGUCAUAUGAGAGCUGGAAAGCCUGUUACUCGUCCUCCAAUUGAACCUGUACAUCCUCCUAUUGCCCCACCGCCUGCUGAAAUUCCUGAGCGUUUCAUAAUGCCACCUGAGAAACAUCAUAUGAGCCACAUCCCGCCAAAGCAGCACAUCAUGAUGCCACCACCUCCUUUGCAGCAUGUGCCACAUGAGCAUUAUAACCAGCCUCACGAAGACAUUCGUGCGCCUCCUGCAGAGAUGUCAAUGGCUCCACCGCCACCUCGCCCAGUCAGUCAGGACACCUUCCGCAUUUCAACGAGAAAACACAGCAACUUAAUAACAGUCCCUAUUCAGGAUGAUUCGAAUUCAGGUGCUCGAGAACCACCUCCACCAGCCCCUGCACCUGCUCAUCAUCAUCCUGAAUACCAGGGUCAACCAGUGGUAUCACACCCUCAUCAUAUUAUGCCUCCACAGCAACAUUAUGCACCACCCCCACCACCACCUCCACCAAUAAGCCAUCCGCUGCAGCAUCCUCCCCAGGCAGCAGGUACUCCUCACAUGGUAUAUAGCCAAGCUCCUCCACCACCAAUGACCUCUGCUCCUCCUCCAAUAACCCCGCCACCUGGACAUAUAAUUGCCCAGAUGCCACCGUAUAUGAAUCAUCCUCCUCCAGGACCUCCCCCUCCUCAGCACGGAGGCCCCCCUGUGAAUGUAAAUGCACCCCCUCCCCAUCACUAUAAUCCUAACUCUUUGCCACAGUUCAGUGAAGAUCAAGGAACUCUUAGUCCCCCUUUCACACAGCCCGGGGGAAUGAGUCCAGGGAUAUGGCCAGCUCCAAGGGGGCCGCCUCCACCUCCAAGGAUGCAAGGGCCUCCUGCUCAGGCCCCACUUCCUGGACCACACCACCCUGAUCAAGCCAGAUACAGACCCUACUACCAGUGAUACGAGCAGUUUAUGAAUAGAGAGUGCUAUGAAGAGGAUAAAACUAUAUACAACAGCCUUUUAAUUAAUUGUUUUGGGGUUAUUUUGUUGUGGUUUGGUUUUUCGUUUUGUUUUGGUUUUUUUUUUUUAAAUACCGUCAUUUUGAGUGUAAGACUUUGGGGGUUUGAAUCUUAAAUGAUUUUUAAGCCUUGGCUGUAGGACUCUGACUUCAAAUAUUCCGUAGUGCUAAAAUAAGUGGCUUAGUAGACCACGGUUGCAUUUUAACAGAACUUCUAUCUCUAGUGUGGCUAAAUUGUCCUAAGAUGAACACUUGUAAUAUUAUUUCCUGGAGAAAAUGAACACGUGUUGUACCAUUCUGAAUAUUGUUUUUGUUAAAUCCAGUGUUUAGUUUCACUUGUGAUACAUUUUUGUUAACCUGUGUACAAUAAUUAAAUUGAAAUAUGGUUGUAAAA